AUGACCUUGAAAAGAAAGAAGAAAAGCUUGGCUGAUAAAAUAAAUUCGUUAGUUACUACAACACCAAUAACUUUUAAUUCUGAUAUUGAGGAUGAAGACAUAAAAGCAAAAGUGAUUGAUCAUUAUGAUGAAAGUGACGAUACAGAUGGCAAUUUUCAAAUUUCGGAAAUUCGUAAACGAACUGUGGAUCACUUGGAUCAGAUAGAUAAAAGGUAUAAAGGUAAAAAAAUUUCAAGAAAAGACGUAUAUAAUAAUAAUGAUGAUUCUAAUUUGCAAAAUACAUUGGAAAGUGAAGAUAAAAGACUGGGUAGCAUGGAAAAACAAAGUGAGAAUGACAUGAUUGACAGUGAUGAUGCGAAUAAUGAUGAGAGUGGUUAUAUCAAUGAUGAAAAUGAUAAUUAUGAUAGUGAAAUAAAUUUCACACAAUUUUCUGAAAGUAAAAUUGAUAAAUCUGAUAUUGAAGAUGAAAAUGGUAAUACUUUUGAUGCAAAGCAAGGAAAAUAUUUUCAGACAAUGUCACAAACAAAUGCAAAAGAUGAAAUUGAAAAAGGCAAUUCUGUUAGAAGUCAAUUAAAACUUUGGGAAAGUUUAUUAGAAAUAAGAAUAAAAUUGCAAAAAUGUUUAACUACAAGUAAUCAAAUGCCUCAGUAUGAUAUCUACAAAGAUUUAAAAAUGGAUCCACAAUAUAUGAAGGCAGUUGAUGAAACAAAAAACAAAUUAAAAUUAUUAUUAAACAAUAUAUUGCAAUUGCAAUAUUUCUUGCUGAAACAAUAUUCCGAAACAAAAAAAUUAUGUAAUACAGAUUGUAAAAAGAGAAAAGCUGAAAUAGUAACAAAUUUAGAAGAUUCAAUGAAUGAAAAAAUUCCUUCCGAUACAGAAGAUGAAGAUGAACAUGACAAUACACUUUCAAAUGAAGAUACAAAAAAUUUUAAUGAGAACAUUUUUAAGAAAAAAUUAAAACUUGACAAUUAUGAAAAAAUAUUAAAUAAUAGUCAUAAAUCUUAUGUAGAUUACAGAAAUUCUGUUAUACAAAAAUGGAAUGAAAAAACAAGAGUAGCUAGUGGUAAAUUAAAUAAAGGUACGAGUGAAACAACAUUAAAACAAAUUGAAUUUGCUUUAAACGAGAAAGAAAAAUUACGUAAAAGAAGUCGAUUGAAAUGUUCGGAAUAUAAAAUUGUUGGUAAGAUAGAAGCAACAGAUAACAUUGAGGGUAGAAGAAUACAAGAAUAUGAUAAUGAGGUUUAUGAUGAUGAUGACUUUUAUCAUCAACUUUUAAGAGAUUUAAUUGAAUACAAAUCAUCUGAUAUUACUGACCCUAUACCACUUAGUAAACAAUGGAUUCAAUUACAAAAUAUGAGAAGUAAAAUAAAAAGAAAGAUAGAUACAAAAGCUACCAAAGGUAGAAAGAUACGAUAUAAUAUACACAAUAAGUUAGUAAACUUUAUGGCUCCUAUUAUAACAAAUGAUGCAUGGACUGAUCAUGCAAAGAAUGAUUUGUACAGUUCUUUAUUUGGCAAAAUUAAACCAACAAAUGGAAAAUAA